AAUGUAUAAAUACUUUGACUCUAAAGCAAUUGAUUAUUUUAAUGACAUUAAUAGAAAAGUGUUUAUGGAUGAUAAUGUCUGCAAAUUAGGAACAGGAGCUUACCCACUUGUAAUUUGGUCUAAUUCUUCAAUGAUAAUAUAUCUUCAUUUAAGGAAGAGUGAUAGAAUAAUUAAAACUUUUGUUGGUUUAAAUUUGGUUUUGAAAGAAAAUGCUAUAACAAAAGAUUGCUUCAUUUGCAUUGAAGUAAUGAAAACUUCUGUCAGGUUUUUUAGCACAUUAAAACAUACUAAAAAAAUUGGUUGGAUAACUAUUCCAUACUUUAAACAUAAUUUAGGCAUUCAUUGGGAUUUAAGUAGUAACUUCUUAAUAGAAGCUGAUAGGUUAACAAGUGAUUUAUAUGCAAACACCGCAAAAAAAUGGUAUUGGCCUAUAAAGCAAUCAGAUAAACCAACUUUUCUUUUCUUAUGUUUAAGAAUAUUAAAAUCUUUCAAAAAUGUAAAUCAAAUUGAAUUGUUGAUAACAUCAGAUAUUAAAUGCAUUAAUUCUGCAUCACACAUUAUAUUUUUGGAAAAGUUAAAGCCAACUUUACAACCAGAUACUGAAGUUGAAUUUAUAAUUAAAAGAAAAGAAUUAAAUUUAUCCAAAAAUAAAUUCAAUACAUUCUUUACACUAAAAGGAUUUGUUUUUAAAGAUAAUUUCUUGGUUGAAGACCUUGAUCAUGAAUUGAAUAUAUCACUACAAUUUAAUCUCAAUGGUAUAAGAAAGAAUGAAGAGAAUUUUUCAUUUGAACCACAGAGCAGAUUUAGACAUAAUCAGAAAAUAUAUGACACUUGGAUCUGGACUGGAAAAGAGAUAGAUUUAAAAAUUGACAAUGCUAAAUUGUCUUUUCCAAUGAAAAGUUUUGAUGAAAUAACAGUCAUUUCAAUAAGACAAAAUGUUAAUUUGAAUGACAGUGGAAAGGAAAUUUUAUUUCAUAAUUUUAUUUUGUGUGAACCUGAAAAUGUCACCUUUCAUGGAAAUAAUAAACCAACUCUGGAAAUGACCACAAUAUUGCAUUACAAUUCCAAAACUGACUUUAUGAACAAAAUUCAGACAACAGAUAAUGUAAACAUUUUGGAAUAUUCUUUUAAUAAAGUUAAAAUGAGAAUUGACCACUUUUGCAAUGCUGGUAUAGAGGAAAAGUUGAAAAAAGGUGAUGAAGUGUGGCUGACAUAUUAUAUAAAUUUAGAAAAGGAAAUAGAUAAAUAUUAUUUAUAUAUUUAUUACAAGCUAGGAAAAGAUUUAGAAGUAAAACAGAAAGGCAAUGUUUCAUUAAUAAAUGGUGGAUUUAAGAUAAAAUUCAAAGACAAUAUUUCUGAAACUCGUUUAUUUUGUGAAUUAAAAUCUAAUGACAUUGUUCAGGAUACUAUAACAACAAGCAUUAAAGAUUUAAUUAACAAAUUUGAAAACAAUGCAAAAUGCUUUUUAAGGUUUAAAAGAGAAAUAUCAAAUAUCAAUAAUUUUAGAUCCAGUUUGGAAUUCUAUUUAGAAUCAGAAUCUGAAGAAAAACGAUUGUGGAGUGAUGACUUUCUUUACUAUUGCCUUGAGAGUAAUGAGAAUAAUAAGGAUAUUGAAUUAAGUCCUAAAACAUUUGUGAACUUUUUCACAGAGCAGGAAUCACUUUACAGUUUUCCUCUUCAGCCUGUUGACCAAAAAUUUUUGACUAAUAGCAAUUUGAUUGCUAAGAUUGAUAAUGAAGAACUAUAUGACACCAGAGGCAGGAACAUGGUUAUCAUCAUUGCAAUGUUGGAGAAUAGAGAAUUGGGAACAAAUACAGAUUUGAAAAAUCUAAGAUCAAUGAUUAGUAGCUUGAACUACAACAGUGAAGAGUGGUAUAAUUGUACAAAAUUGGCUUUAUGUGACAAAAUAGCUGAUCUCGAGGAAAAAAUAUCAAAAGAAGAAAAUGAAAUAAAAUCUGUUAUUGUCUGCAUUUUAGCACACGGAAGUGAUGAUAGUUUUAAAUUAAGAUCAUUGACUGAAAUUGAUGACAAUAUGAUGUCAUUUGAUAAAUUGUAUGAGAAAUUCAGUAUGGAUUGUUUAAAGGAUAAACCUAAAAUCUUUUUAACUCAAUGUUGUCGAGGUAUAUAG